AUGGCCCACCACCACCAGUCCCAGGGGCCUCCUCUAUCUCCUUCUCCCCACUUCAUGAUGACUCUCCAAGACGAGAGUCAACCCCAAGAAGAGAUGCUGGAACUCUAUGCUUUCUCCACUUCUGGGGUUCCUUUACACCCUAGAAGCUUCUCAGCGGCGGCAACUGGAGAAGAUGGGCACCUGAGUCUAGGGGAUCCAGAGACAGAAGAAGAGGAGGAGGAAGAGGAAGAAGAUCGAGGGAGGAAGGCCACCUUCCUGGUACGAACCAAGCGCAAGAGGGUCAUCACCCACCGGCAGCGCCAGGCUGCCAACGUGAGGGAGAGGCGGCGGAUGUUCAACCUCAACGAAGCCUUCGACCAGCUGAGGAAGAAGGUGCCCACCUUCGCCUACGAGAAGCGGCUCUCCCGCAUCGAGACCUUGCGCCUGGCCAUCGUCUACAUCGCUUUCAUGACGGAGCUGCUGGAAGGGUGCCAACCCGAGAAGACAGGCACAGGCCCUAACAUGAGAAGAAUCAUCUGUAAGAGAAGCUGA